AUGGCCAGCAAGAUAGCAAUUAAAAGCUCUGUCUUUUUCAGUACUCGACUCUCCAAGGUUCAAAAUGGCUACAUUUCCAUCGUUGACGAAGACUUGGCAUACUGUGCCAUAUCCAGCUAUCUCGCCACUUAAGCCUUUAUUGUCAGCUGCGGAUAAAACCAUACUCAUUACUGGUGGCGGUGGUGGAAUCGGUGCAGGUAUUGCUCGCGCAUUCGCAGCCGCUGGAUCAACACAAAUCGCCAUCAUCGGUCGUCGUCAAGAUGUCCUCGCUACAACAGCCAAAGAACUUGAAGCUUCUUUCAACGGCCUCCGCGUCAUAGGUUGUGUUACAGAUGUCUCCAAGAAAGAACAAAUUGACGCUGCCUUCGACCUUGUUGUCAACAAAUUCGGACCCAUCGAUGUCUUCGUUGACAAUGCAGGCUAUGUAACAACCGGUACGGUGACCGAAUUGAGUAACGAUGAUGCCUGGAUUACGUUUGAAACGAAUAUGAAAGGCAGCAUAUAUACAGCACAAGCUUUCAGCCGCACAGCACGCAAGGAUCAUGCGGUCGUUAUCGAUGUAUCAUCCAUUGCUGCAAUAAUGCCUCCAUUGCCAGGCGCAGCUGCCUACUCGACAAGCAAACUUGCUGCAACGAAGAUCUGGGAGUACUUCGCUGCAGAGAACCCUAAUUACCGUGUCGUGAGCAUACAGCCUGGACAGAUUGAGACGGAUAUGGCCAAAAAGCUUGGGUUGACAGGCCGAGACCAUGUCAAUCUCCCUAGUCAAUUUGCAGUGUGGCUUGCAAGCUCCGAGGCUGAUUUCUUGCAUGGCAAAUUUGUAUGCGCAAAUUGGGAUGUUGAAGAAUUAAUAGCGCGCAAGGAAGAAUUCAAGACAACAGAUUUGGGAACCAUCAGACUGGUUGGGUUACCUUCUUUCUAA